AUGGAUGAGAGUUUGAGGGAUGCUGCUCAACAAGGAAAUAUUGAUGCUUUGUACUCUUUGAUACGGAGAGAUGCAUAUGUUUUGGAUACAAUCGAUAGAAUUCCAUUUGUUGAGACUCCUUUACACAUAGCAGCAUCUGCGGGACACACCCAGUUUGCCAUGGAGAUCAUGAGAUUAAAGCCGACAUUUGCUAGGAAGCUCAAUCAAGAUGGUUUCUCCCCUACGCACCUUGUUUUGCAAAAUAAUCAAACCCAAGUGGUGCUCCUGCUACUUGAUGCGGAUGAAGACCUUGUUUGUGUCCAAGGAAGGGAGGGUGUGACUCCUUUGCAUUAUGUAGCUGAAAUAGGAAACGUCCAUCUUUUGGCUGAAUUUCUAAAAGCAUGCCCCAAAUCUAUUGAAUAUGUAACGAUUCAUAGAGAGACUGUCCUGCAUAUUGCCCUCAAAUACAACAUGUUCGAUGCUUUUCGGCUCUUGCUGGGAUGGCUUCAGCGGGCUUGGUUUAGAAAUGCCUCGUUGUGGGAGAAGAAGUUGCUCAACUGGUAG